AUGUCCCUUACAUUGGGGGUCAGUGGGAAGAAUGUCCCUUACAUUGGUGAUUAGUGGGAAGAAUGUCCCUUACAUUGGGGGUCAGUGGGAAGAAUGUCCCUUACAUUGGAGGUCAGUGGGAAGAAUGUCCCUUACAUUGGGGGUCAGUGGGAAGAAUGUCCCUUACAUUGGGGGUCAGAGGGAAGAAUGUCUCUUACAUUGGGGGUCAGUGGGAAGAAUGUCCCUUACAUUGGGGGUCAGUGGGAAGAAUGUCCCUUACAUUGGGGGUCAGUGGGAAGAAUGUCCCUUACAUUGGAGGUCAGUGGGAAGAAUGUCCCUUACAUUGGGGGUCAGUGGGAAGAAUGUCCCUUACAUUGGUGGUCAGUGAGAAGAAUGUCCCUUACAUUGGAGGUCAGUGGGAAGAAUGUCCCUUACAUUGGGGGUCAGUGGGAAGAAUGUCCCUUACAUUGGGGGUCAGUGGGAAGAAUGUCCUUACAUUGGGGGUCAGUGGGAAGAAUGUCCCUUACAUUGGGGGUCAGUGGGAAGAAUGUCCCUUACAUUGGGGGUCAGUGGGAAGAAUGUCCCUUACAUUGGGGGUCAGUGGGAAGAAUGUCCCUUACAUUGGGGUCAGUGGGAAGAAUGUCCCUUACAUUGGGGGUCAGUGGGAA